GAUGUGCCUACUUUCUCUCUCUCGUCCUUCUUCUAGUUCCCUUUUUUCUCUCAUAUUUAAAGGCCACAAAGGCACAAACACAGAACGAAAGCCAAGAACCAGAGAAAGCAGCGAAGGGAGACGAACCCAAAGCCAACCCUUCUUCACUUUACCUCGUGCAUGAUUCACGAGACAGACAGAAGAAACUAAAAAGGAAAAUCACAAGAAAAACAAGAAAUUGAUAUAAAAAAGAGCAGAGAUAUUAAUGGAGAAGACAGAAAAGGUAAAGAAAAGUGGAGGAGGAAAUGGACAGGUUCUAGAUGGUUCAGGUAUAAUGGAGUUGGUUGAGAACGAGGAGGUGUUUAGCAAUUACGUUGAUCAUAAGUUCCAAGAACUGGAUAAGGAUAGAGAUGGAGAACUAUCCGUAAAGGAACUUGAACCUGCUGUUGCUGAUAUCGGUGCUGCCCUUGGCUUGCCUGCUCAAGGUUCCUCUCCUGAUUCUGAUUUUAUCUAUUCUGAGGUUCUUAAUGAAUUCACCCAUGGCAAGCAAGAGAAAGUGACCAAGACUGAGUUUAAAGAGGUUUUAUCAGAUAUUUUAAUAGGCAUGGCUGCUGGUUUAAAGAGAGACCCAAUAGUGAUUCUCCGAAUGGAUGGAGAAGACCUUUCUGUGUUCAUCAAUGGACCAGCUUAUGAACCAGAAAUGAUAUCCAUAUUUUCACAGUUAGAAUUACCUGAUGGAAUAUCUCUCCAAGAUUUCAUUGUUAAGGCUUUGGAAAAGCUUACAGUUGACCAAGGGAUGCCUCCAUCUUCAGAUUCUUGGGUACUAAGCAACAUUGUUGAACCAGCCUUGCAAUCUUGCACUGGCCAAGAUUAUGAUGAUAAACUUAUUUCUCAAGAAACAUUCUUGAUAGAAUUCAAGAAAGUAGCAGAACGUGUAGCUCAGCGUCUUAAAGAACAGCCUGUUAUUGUUGCCCAUAGUGAAAACAUAUUUGAUGGAAGUGGGAUUAAGAGACUAUUAAGCAACAAGUUUGAAUUAGACAAGACUCUGAACACAGCUAUGGAAAAUGUGCCGAAAGAUCGCAAUGGGAAGAUUGCUAAAGAGUAUUUAAGUGUGGCACUGGAUUUAGUGGCUCCAUCAGCUGGUCUACCUCCAAUUGGUUCUGUUGAUGAGAUAGACAAGGUUGUAGGUGAAGCAUUAAAGAUGAUGAAUGCUGAUGAUGGGAAACUGGUUAAAGAAGAUGAGAUCAAGAAGAUAUUGACCGAAAUCCUUGGAAUUGUAAUGUUGCAAUUAGAGGGCAAUCCCAUCUCUGUUUCUUCAAAUUCUGUUGUGCAUGAGCCUCUUGCCUCCUCCUCUACACUUCUGCAGCCUGCUUCCUAGUUAUAUAUAUAUAUAUAUAUAUAUAUACAGACACAUAAGAAAAAAGGGGAAUAAUUAUUUGUUAAUUAGGAUAAUUAAGGUGAAAAGGUAUAUGCAUGGUUGUGUUAUCUGCAAUUAAUCCUUGUCAAUGAUAAUCUUCUUCUACUUUUAUGUUAUUUCUUUUAUGCUAAUGUACUAAUUUUAUGGCUCAUGCAAUGGUAAUUAAUUAAUCAAAACUUUCUUAA